UAAUGCCCGUCAGCUGCUGUGCACAGUGGAAAACACUAGUUCUAUACGACGCGAGCUGACGGAGAAUCAUACUGUAGCUUUCACAGUAUCACAUGCAGUAUGCCCACCAAGUUCGUCUCCCCAGCCCGUUCUCACGGCCCCUUCCGCCGCUGCAGAAACCCAGGCCAAAUCGGCGAAACGCUCGCAUACAGCCAGACAGAUCUGCUCUGUGGUGCAAGAUGAGAUGCACACAUGGCUUCAAUCGCGCAAUGACCGCACGCGACAGCUCUUCUCCCGCAUGGCCUUGAUCGCGCCAAAUGAAGGCCCAGAAGCGAGUGCGCCUCUCGCACGAGGGGCAGCAGCAGCAUCAUCUGUCGAAAAACGCAUCACUAUUCCGCUGUUGGGUUCUGCGCAGCUUGCUAGAACCACAGACAAAGGAGCGCACCCAGAGAAGCCCUUCGGGAGCCCGCUUGCGCCCCACAGCAAUGCACAGCAGCAGCCAUCGCCACCGCCACUAUCUGUGUCUGAGCGCCCUCUGAUCAGCUGUCUCGUCUCGCUCAAGCUGCUCCAAAAUCUAGCCAUAAGCAAAGCCCUGUCGCACCAGCAUCGCGUUCAUCUCGUCGAGCGCUCGACAGAAGACGAUGAAGAUGGCGAGGAUACAGGUGUCGACGUCAUGCUCGACUGUACGACGGCUGUGAUAUUCAUCAAGUCCGUCCUCUUACCGAGCGCCGUACAUAACUACGACCACGCCAGCAGCGACAACGACUGCUCGCCCAGUGCAUCUCUACUCGGCGUCCUAGCGUCAGGCCGCUUCAGUACGCUGUACAUCAUCGUUGAGCAGUACACCAGCAGCGGCAUGCGCCUCCCACUGACUCCGCCCGUGCAAAUGGCCAUCGAGGCGUUACGGAGCACGCUCGAGCACACCAUCCUCCCUCAGCACCUGCGCCCGCGCGGCCUCGGAGUCGAGCUCGUUGUACACUGCGCCACGAGCCCCACAAACGCCGCCGCGUUCGUGCGCGCGCGCCUCGAUGCGAUGCGCAUGCGCAGCAGUGAUGGUGCGUGGAGAGAGCGCGAGCGCGCUCUUCAGCUCCUGGAUGCCAGCGCCGCCAUCGAGGACCACUCGGCAGCGCCGACGCAAGCAGAAGCGCAAGUUCAUUCACAGGCGGAGAUCAAGGCGUUAGCACCACUUCUGAACGCAUUCGCUGCGCAGACGCUGCUCUUGCGCAGCGGCGACCUGCAGGCUUUUUUGCGCGCUUCCGUCGACGACAGGCGGAGGAUGUGCGAGGACUUUCUUGGCGCGGCAUCAUUCGUCACUUCAUCGCUUCGCUGUUGCAGGGAGCCGGGCGCUGAACGAGGAGAUUGAGAGGCAGCGUGAAGAAGCAUAUACAUUGCAACAAGCUGAUCGGUGUGCCCAUUAACAUCUCUUGCGAUUCAAUGCAAGGCGAUUCGUCUCCCUUCAGUGUAGAUGUGACAUACAUGCACUCCUUCGCACAAGCAUGAAUUUCUCACGGAUCUUCCUCCGGCAGCACCCGGAUGGCAUGUAGCAGAUAACCUCCCGUCGCG